CUUCCCACUUGCGCAGCCGAAUUGUGCAUCAUCACUCAACACCAGCAGGGUUCAACGGUGACUGCAUUCCAAUUUCGGCUUCGAUUCCGCAACGAACAUCAUUAUGGCCAAGAAAUCAAAAUGCGAUUAUCUACUAAUCAAUCAUUCGCUUUCAUCUCUUCUCUCUCGCCUUCGUUCUCACAUUUAAAAUCUCCGUAAUCCAUUCUCUUCCCUACUCAUUUUCGCUACUUCCUUCUGAAAUAAAACCCUAGUUUUUUCAAGUCCCAAUUUCGAAGUUCCACUCCUGAGUCUUGAAAAACUCAACAGCCCAAUAAUUUAAACUUCCCUGUAUAUAUGUUUUCUUGUUUUUUUGUUUUUGGUUGCAUAACAUGACCACUGUUUUUACGUUUUUGUAAUAUCAGUUGCUAAGCAAUAAAAGAACCUCCAUUGAUUAAUUCAUUUUGUCUUUUGCAUUAUAAGGAAUUUGGGUUUUGGUUGUUUUUCUAUUUGUGGUAUUCAUCAUUUUUUUUUUCUGGAGAUGACAUUCCAAUCUUGGGUUCUUAGUCAGCCAGUCUUCAUUUCCGGCUCCAAAUUAAUUUACACUGCCUGUGAGAAUCGGCCAAAAAGAGUGCCGAUGAAAGUUUUGGCGACAGUCAGUAGUUACCCAUUUCCCGUCGUGUCAAAUUGUGUUGGUCCAUUCGCUUCUAGAAGUUUUUCUGCUUCCAGAUAUGGGAAAAAUGACAAGUUACGUGGCAGAGCUCGCUUGAGAUGUUUGUGUGGAAGUAAUGACUAUUUGGGUGGGAGCAAUUCUGUUUCAAAUGUAAAUACAAAGUUUAUUCUGGAAUUAGUGAAGAGGGGCAUAAUUCUGGCUGCAACGGUUUGUGGCAUGUUGGCAGUUGGAUGUCAACGAGUCUUUGCAAUUGAAGGUGUAGUAAACGCAGGAUAUGGAGUUUUUGGACAGAGCAUAUUGUUGCUCAGGAAUGCAUGGCCUAAAGUGUUACAAGUUCUUCGGAUGUUUAAAGAGCAAGGUUUGAUACUAGUUGUUCUUUUGGGUCUUUCGGCAUUUUUCUCCAUGGCAGAGACUUCAAUUACGACACUUUGGCCUUGGAAGGUUCGCGAGCUUGCUGAAAAGGAGUCUGAAAAUGGUGUCUUUAGACUACUCCGAAGUGAUGUUACUCGGUUCCUUACAACUAUACUUAUUGGCACAACUGUAGUCAAUAUUGGAGCAACAGCCCUGGUCACAGAAGCUGCAACUGCUAUUUUUGGUGAAGCUGGUGUUAGUGCUGCAACAGGAGUGAUGACUGUUGCCAUUUUGCUGCUCACAGAAAUCACUCCAAAGAGUAUAGCUGUUCAUAAUCCAACUGAGGUGGCCAGGUUUGUGGUCAGGCCAGUGGCUUGGCUUUCCCUGGUAUUGUAUCCAGCAGGAAGAAUUGUUACUUAUCUUUCAAUGGGGAUGCUGAAAUUGCUUGGCUUAAAAGGAAGAAGUGAACCCUAUGUAACUGAAGAUGAGCUGAAAUUGAUGUUAAGAGGUGCAGAGUUGAGUGGGGCAAUAGAGGAGGAAGAACAGGAUAUGAUCGAAAAUGUGCUGGAGAUAAAAGACACGCAUGUUAGAGAAGUCAUGACACCUCUUGUUGAUGUUGUUGCAAUCGAUGCAAGUGCAAGCCUUGUAGAUUUCCACGAUUUGUGGGUCACUCAUCAAUACUCAAGGGUGCCUGUUUUUGAGCAACGUGUUGAUAAUAUAAUGGGUAUUGCAUAUGCAAUGGAUCUCCUAGAUUAUGUUCAAAAGGGUGAGCUACUAGAAAGUACCACCGUUGGAGAUAUGGCCCACAAGCCUGCCUAUUUUGUUCCUGAUUCAAUGUCUGUUUGGAAUCUUCUCAGAGAGUUCCGAAUCCGAAAAGUUCACAUGGCUGUUGUGCUUAAUGAGUAUGGUGGAACUGUGGGAAUUGUAACUCUGGAAGAUGCUGUUGAGGAAAUUGUUGGUGAAAUCUUUGAUGAAAAUGACUCAAAGGAGGAGAUACAGAAAAAAACUGGGUACAUUGUCAUGCGAGCUGAGGGUAUAUUUGAUGUAGAUGCAAAUACAUCAAUCGAUCAGCUCUCUGAAGAUUUGAACAUCAAGAUGCCAGAGGGUCAUCAAUAUGAGACAGUUUCAGGCUUUGUAUGUGAAGCAUUUGGCUACAUCCCAAGGACAGGUGAGUGCGUCAAGGUGGUUCUUGAAAGGGAAGAUGAAGAUGAAAAUGAUGAGUCUAACGGUGAUAACCAGGAUGCAAAGGAGAAGUAUCAGGUUUUUAAACUUGAGGUACUAGCAGGAAAUGCCAGAAAGGUAAGCGCUGUUCGGUUUGAACGAAUAAACAACGAAGAAGAAAUGUUGGAGACGAAAGAGGUAGCUAGGCUGGUCCCAAAAAUCAUGAAGAAAAGGUGGAGUGAAGAAGAUUCUGAUGGUGCAGAGUACGAUGGAGAAGCAUUCUCAGAGAGACCACAGGACAGUCUAUCUGAUGAAGCUGAACAUGAAGAUGCUCAUGAUCGUUCUGGCAGACAUUAGGUUCUUGAUUUUUGAUUUUUGAUUUUUGUUUUGGGGCUUGUGCCAUGAAAAAGAUGUGAAGAUUUAGAGAGAUGUUAAAGAAUGAGAAUAAAUUCAAUGGAUAAUAGGGAGAUCAGUGGGAUGGGAUGCAUUUGCAUUGUUGUUGGCUUUAUUUGCGGCUUUUAUUUAAAACUGCUUGAAAGCCAUUAAUUUUGUCCGAGGUUCUGUUGAUAGAAUAAUCUCUAAGUUCAAUGUGGAGUUUGGUUUUCUCUGA